UAACAUCUGUUGACAGUAGAUCCAGUUCCUUUUAAAAGCUGAAAAAAUGUUAGCUAGGUUUGGAAAAAGAACGACACUUCCUUUGAAAUAAUACCAAACUCAAUUUUAGAAGUUUUUAUAUAUAAAUAUUGAAAGUUUUUGAAUUUGAGUCACUAAUGGAAUGUUGAAGGUCCCUCCUUCCCUCUCUCCCUCCCUCCAUAAUCCUCUCCAGAUAAAUUAGAAUGAAGGCCUUGAGUUGAAAAAUCAUGAAAAUAAGAAUUAACCAAAGGAAGUAUUCUGAAGUAAUGAAUUCUUAUUAGAUCAAGAAGUUAUUGACAUUGUAAAGAUUGUGAAGAGAGUAAGGAGGUGACCUUGAUAAUUUUCAUAUAUUCACACACAGAAAGUUUCUAUGAUCUAAAACCAAGUCAUUUGUAAUUUUUUUUACACGUUUACUUUUAACCAACCUAGUCUUAUUCUAGAAUUCUAAUGUCUUAUUGGUAGAAUAGAGUCUUUGUCAUGUAACGUUACAGGUAAGAGAGUUUAAAUUGCCGAAUAGUUAUAGUAGGGAUAUCAGUUAGUAUGUAUAAUUAGAGUUGCUUUUCUUAUUUGACAUAUUAAUGUCCUUAGUGACAUAGAUGUCAAAGAGAGAUUUGGAGUAAAUUACCAGUUACUCAGUGUUUCCUGGCCAAAAGACUAGAUGUUUAGGGAAAGAUAAAUUAAUUCAGAGUUCUUUGAUUUUUUUUUUUAAUCUAUAGCAUUUGCUGUUUAAAUAUGAAUUGCAUAAAAAUGAUGACUCUUGAUGUAGUUAAUUCUUCAGAGUUUUGAAGGAGCCGGAUUGGCUGCUAUCAGGUAUGAGGGCCUGGUGGGAACAGACUUCUAGUUCUGCCAUAAAGGAUUUGCCUCUGAAGCAGGGAGUGUCUGCAUUAAAAAUGACCUGUAGUUCUCUGCUUCAUAGAUGCUUCUUCAGCUCCCUCCUCUUCCUCCAUGGGCGGUGCUUGCAGCUCCUUUACCACCUCUUCCAGCCCUACCAUUUAUUCUACCUCAGUCACCGACAGCAAGGCUAUGCAAGUGGAGAGCUGCUCCUCAGCCUUGGGGGUAAGUAACCGAGGGGUAAGUGAAAAGCAGUUAACCAGUAACACAGUUCAGCAGCAUCCAUCAACACCGAAGAGGCACACAGUCUUGUACAUCUCACCACCACCUGAGGACUUGCUGGAUAACAGUCGGAUGUCCUGCCAGGAUGAGGGGUGUGGAUUGGAAUCUGAGCAGAGCUGCAGUAUGUGGAUGGAGGAUUCCCCCUCCAACUUCAGUAACAUGAGCACCAGUUCCUACAAUGAUAACACUGAGGUACCUCGUAAAUCACGAAAACGAAAUCCAAAGCAGAGGCCGGGGGUCAAACGACGAGAUUGUGAAGAAUCUAAUAUGGAUAUAUUUGAUGCCGACAGUGCCAAAGCACCUCACUAUGUGCUUUCUCAGCUUACCACGGACAACAAAGGCAACUCAAAAGCAGGAAAUGGAACAUUGGAAAACCAAAAAGGAACUGGAGUGAAGAAGAGCCCUAUGUUGUGCGGACAGUAUCCUGUUAAAAGUGAGGGAAAGGAGCUGAAGAUAGUUGUACAACCUGAGACCCAGCACAGAGCUCGGUACCUAACUGAGGGUAGUCGUGGCUCAGUAAAGGACAGAACACAGCAAGGCUUUCCUACAGUAAAGCUGGAAGGCCAUAAUGAGCCAGUAGUGUUGCAGGUGUUUGUGGGCAAUGACUCUGGUCGAGUGAAACCACAUGGAUUUUAUCAGGCCUGCAGGGUAACUGGGCGAAAUACAACUCCCUGCAAAGAAGUGGACAUUGAAGGCACUACUGUUAUAGAAGUCGGCCUUGAUCCGAGCAACAAUAUGACACUAGCGGUGGACUGCGUAGGGAUAUUGAAAUUGAGGAAUGCUGAUGUUGAAGCCAGAAUAGGAAUUGCUGGUUCCAAGAAAAAAAGCACUCGUGCCAGAUUGGUUUUUCGAGUUAAUAUCACAAGGAAAGAUGGCUCCACUUUGACACUGCAAACACCCUCUUCUCCGAUUUUAUGUACUCAGCCAGCAGGAGUGCCAGAAAUCUUAAAGAAGAGCUUACAUAGCUGUUCAGUGAAAGGAGAGGAAGAAGUAUUUUUAAUCGGCAAGAACUUUCUGAAAGGAACUAAAGUUAUUUUCCAAGAAAAUGUUUCUGAUGAAAACUCUUGGAAGUCGGAAGCUGAAAUCGACAUGGAAUUAUUUCAUCAGAAUCAUCUUAUUGUGAAGGUUCCCCCAUAUCAUGACCAACAUAUAACUUUGCCAGUAUCAGUGGGAAUAUACGUAGUGACCAAUGCUGGAAGAUCUCAUGAUGUUCAGCCAUUCACUUACACUCCAGACCCAGCAGCAGCUGCUGCUUUGAAUGUAAACGUGAAGAAGGAAAUAUCUAGUCCGGCAAGACCUUGCUCUUUCGAAGAGGCCAUGAAAGCAAUGAAAACUGCUGGAUGUAACUUAGAUAAGGUAAAUAUUCUUCCUAAUGCUCUGAUCACUCCACUCAUAUCAAGCAGUGUGAUUAAGAGUGAAGAUGUUACUCCAAUGGAAGUAACAGCAGAGAAAAGAUCUUCCCCUAUUUUUAAGACUACAAAGACAGUUGGAUCCACUCAACAAACAUUAGAAAAUAUCUCUAACAUAGCAGGAAAUGGGUCUUUUUCAUCAUCGUCAUCAUCUUCCCACUUACCUUCUGAAAACGAAAAGCAACAACAGAUUCAGCCCAAGGCAUACAACCCAGAGACCCUGACAACUAUCCAAACACAGGACAUUUCACAGCCUGGUACCUUUCCAGCAGUUUCUGCUUCUAGUCAGCUGCCCAACAGUGAUGCACUACUGCAGCAGGCUACACAGUUUCAGACAAGAGAAACUCAGUCUAGAGAGGUGUUACAGUCAGAUGGUACAGUGGUUAAUUUGUCACACCUGACUGAGGCAUCACAGCAACAGCAGCAGUCACCACUACAAGAACAAGCACAGACUUUACAGCAGCAGAUUUCAUCAAAUAUUUUCCCAUCACCAAAUAGUGUGAGUCAGCAGCUACAGAAUACAAUUCAACAGCUGCAGGCAGGAAGUUUUACAGGCAGUACUACUAGUGGCAGCAAUGGAAAUGUUGACUUGGUCCAACAAGUUUUAGAGGCACAACAACAGUUAUCUUCAGUUUUAUUUUCUGCUCCAGAUGGUAAUGAGAAUGUUCAAGAACAGCUUAGUGCAGACAUUUUUCAACAAGUCAGUCAAAUUCAAAAUAGCGUAAGCCCUGGAAUGUUUUCCUCAACAGAGCCAGCAGUCCAUACCAGACCAGAUAAUUUAAUAGCUGGAAGAGCUGAAAGUGUUCACCCACAGAAUGAAAACACAUUAUCUAAUCAACAACAGCAACAACAGCAACAGCAAGUGAUGGAAUCAUCAGCUGCAAUGGUGAUAGAGAUGCAACAGAGUAUCUGCCAGGCAGCUGCCCAGAUUCAGUCAGAGCUAUUUCCUUCAACUGCUUCAGCAAGUGGAAACCUUCAGCAGUCUCCAGUUUACCAGCAGACUUCUCAUAUGAUGAGUGCGUUAUCAGCCAAUGAGGACAUGCAAAUGCAAUGUGAAUUGUUUUCUUCUCCUCCUGCAGUUUCUGGUAAUGAAACUGCUACAACCACCACACAGCAGGUUGCAACUCCUGGCACUACCAUGUUUCAGACAUCAAGUUCAGCAGAUGGAGAAGAAACUGGAGCACAAGCAAAACAGAUUCAGAACAGUGUCUUUCAGACCAUGGUCCAAAUGCAACAUAGUGGGGACAGUCAACCUCAAGUUAACCUUUUUUCAUCUACGAAAAGUAUGAUAAGCGUUCAAAAUAAUGGUACCCAGCAGCAAGGUAAUGGUUUAUUCCAGCAAGGUAAUGAGAUGAUGUCACUCCCAUCAGGGAAUUUUUUGCAGCAGUCUUCUCAUUCACAGGCUCAACUCUUUCAUCCUCAGAAUCCUAUUGCUGAUGCUCAGAACCUUUCCCAGGAAACUCAAGGUUCUAUUUUUCAUAGUCCAAGUCCUAUUGUCCACAGUCAGACUUCUACAACCUCCUCUGAACAAAUGCAGCCUCCAAUGUUUCACUCUCAAAAUACCAUGGCUGUGCUACAGGGAUCUUCUGUUCCUCAAGACCAGCAGUCAGCCAACAUAUUUCUUUCCCAGAGUCCAAUGAAUAAUCUUCAAACUAACACAGUAGCCCAAGAAGAACAGAUUUCAUUUUUUGCAGCUCAGAAUUCAAUUUCUCCACUUCAGUCAACAUCAAACACUGAGCAGCAAGCUGCAUUCCAACAGCAGGCUCCAAUAUCACACAUCCAGACCCCUAUGCUUUCCCAAGAACAGGCACAACCCUCCCAGCAAGGUCUAUUUCAGCCUCAGGUUUCCCUGGGCUCCCUUCCUCCUAAUCCAAUGCCUCAAAACCAACAAGGAACAAUCUUCCAGUCACAGCACUCAAUGGUCGCCAUCCAGAGUAACUCUGCAUCCCAGGAGCAGCAGCAGCAGCAGCAGCAGCAACAGCAGCAACAGCAGCAGCAACAGCAGAGCAUUUUAUUCAGCAAUCAGAAUACCAUGGCUCCCAUGGCAUCUCAGAAGCAGCCACCACCAAACAUGAUAUUCAACCCAAGUCAAAAUCCAAUGGCUAAUCAAGAGCAGCAGAACCAGUCAAUUUUUCAUCAACAAAAUAAUAUGGCCCCAAUGAAUCAAGAACAGCAGCCCAUGCAAUUUCAGAACCAGCCCACAGUUUCCUCACUUCAGAACCCAGGUCCUGCCCAGUCCGAAUCAUCACAGACCUCCUUGUUCCAUAGCUCUCCUCAGAUUCAGUUGGUCCAAGGGUCACCCAGUUCUCAAGAGCAGCAAGUAACACUCUUCCUUUCUCCAGCAUCCAUGUCUGCAUUGCAGAACAGUAUAAACCAACAAGACAUGCAACAGUCUCCCCUUUAUUCCCCUCAGAACAACAUGCCUGGAAUCCAAGGAGCCACAUCUUCACCUCAACCACAGGCUACUUUAUUUCACAACACUACAGGAGGCACAAUGAACCAACUACAAAAUUCUCCUGGCUCUUCUCAGCAGACUUCAGGAAUGUUCUUAUUUGGCAUUCAAAAUAACUGUAGUCAGCUUUUAACUUCUGGACCAGCUACAUUGCCAGAUCAGUUGAUGGCCAUAAGUCAGCCAGGCCAACCACAAAACGAGGGCCAGCCACCUGUGACAACACUUCUUUCUCAGCAAAUGCCAGAGAAUUCUCCACUGGCAUCCUCUAUAAACACCAAUCAGAACAUUGAAAAGAUUGAUUUGCUUGUUUCAUUGCAAAACCAAGGGAACAACUUAACUGGCUCCUUUUAACUGGAUAUAAAUUCCAUGAAGAAAAUCCUGAUUUCAAGAUACCCUGAGAUCUUGUGAUUCCAUGAGGAUUAUUGAACUGUUACUUUAAAAAGAAAACAAAAUAUGAAAAACUGUGAUUGAAUAAAUGGAUGGAUUUUACUCUGACUGCAAAAGAGCACACCUAUGCUGCCUAUUGCAGUGAUUAACCACCAUUGUUAACAUCUUUUUAUUUUAUAUUCCUAAUAACAGUGAUGACUGAGAAUCUAUUUGAGUUUCCAGCUGACAGAAUUAAUUGUUGCUAUUUUCCUAGGCAUUAUUUCUUUAAAAAUACAGUUUAAAUUGAUAAGCUGGAUCACUCAGUUAUUAUUGCUAUUAGAAAAUAAUUCAUGUUUCAUGUUUACUUUUGUUCUUCAUUCAGAUUUUCUUUCCUGCAUUUAGUCAAGUAGUGGCUUUUGAAAAAGGAAAGUUCAAAUCAUAACUUAGGCUGUGAUUUUUCAAUAUAAAAAGCACAGCUAUUGGCCAAAGUGAAGCAAUCUUUAUUCAGUUUUUAAUAGAGAAACUGAGGGGGUAACAUUCUGACAGGUAAGCUGUAUUAAGAGCUCUACACAGAUAAGAGGACUCUUUAUCACAGACAACACACUUACAAACUGGGAACAGCUGGAAUGCUAUUGAUUUUAUUUUUCAGAGAGUUGUUAAUUCUCUGUGUUUCUGUUAAGGGUUUUUAGCCAUAACUGUGCGUAGAAAAAUAUAAACAUCUUGCUCUAUUUAAAAAUGAAGGGGAUAAUAUAUGGUAAAUUAUGUUCUGAUAUCCUCCUACAAUAGUUAAAACUGACAGAGUAAUUCAAGUCUGUUUUCUUCUUAUCCCAGUCUUGAACUGGUAUUCCCUUUUUAUGUUCAGCGAUACUAUUCUUCUCCUCUUCUUCACUUUAUUUUAGACAAUUAGUAAUAUACUACUAGCUUUGUGAUCCUGUAGUAACUUAAAUGAAAAGACCACUUUGAUCUGGGGUAACCCAGCAACUCCUGCAGCACAGGCCGGGGGGUAUCCUUUCAAGAAUGAAGGGAGCUGACUCCUGAGAAACAAGAAACAAUGCAUUUUUUUUCCAUGAACGGUGCUGUUCUGAAGUCUUCAAAUUUUUCCCUCUAAUA